AUGGUUGGUACUGGCACAUUGGUACUCGCACCGCCAGCACCUCCUUCACCCCUCCGCCCCUCCGCCCCUCCACCCCUCCACCCCUCCACCCACCUUUCCUGUGCAGAGCCGCUCGCUGCCCUGCACCGCCGCUCCCCCGCUCCCCCGCACCGCCGCACCCAGUACCACGCCCUCUUGCCCCCUUCAGCCACAGCUGCAUACACGCAAGGAGCCCGCCAUGUGAGUGCUCGCCCAAAGCGUCCCUGUGCCACCCACCAUGGCCGCCUGCUAACCAGGCGCUGCUACGCCUCCAGGCCUCGCGUCACCAUAUCCAUGACCUCGUCGGGCACCCAGCUGGACAACGACCUGCUGACGCUCGAUUUGCCCCCCGGCCUGACCAUCCAGGACCUCAAGGCGUUCAUCGAGGCCGAGACGGGCAAGCCCGCCGCGUCACAGGGCGUCUUCCUCAACGGCCAAACGCUGGCCGACGAGACACAGACGCUGGAAGCAGCGGGGAUAAGGGAUGGUGAGAUGCUGGCCGUCGUCAUCCGCCAACCGCGCCGCCCCGCCAUCCCCAGCCAGCAUGCCUCAAGCAGAAACACCCCCAGGCCCGCCGGCGGCCCGGAUCCAGAGGCCCUGCGCCAGCAGCUCUUAAGUGACCCCCGCCAGCUCGCCGGCCUGCGCAACCAGGACCCCGACCUCGCCGCCGCCGUCCACGACGCCCACACCUGGCGAGAAGCCUUCACCAUGCGACAGCGCCACCAGCACGAGGCCGAGCGCGAGCGCCGCGAGCAGAUCCAGAAGCUCAACGAGGAUCCCUUCAACAUCGACGCCCAGCGCAAGAUCGAGGAGCUCAUCCGCCAGGACCGCGUCGUCGAGAAUCUGGAAAAGGCCUACAACGAGAACCCAGAGGUCUUCGUGCGCGUCCACAUGCUCUACGUCAACACCGAGGUCAAUAGCGUGCCCGUCAAGGCCUUUGUCGACUCGGGCGCCCAGGCCACCAUCAUGUCCCCCGAGUGCGCCGAACGCUGCGGCAUAAUGCGUCUCAUGGACACCCGUUACGCCGGCGUGGCCCGCGGUGUUGGCACCGCGCGCAUCCUCGGUCGCGUCCACCACGCCGAGAUCAAGAUUGGCGGCGCCGUCAUGCCCUGUGCGUUUACCGUCAUGGAGGGCAAGGACGUCGAUCUGCUCUUUGGCCUGGACAUGCUGAAGCGCUACAAGGCCAAGAUCGACCUCGACAAGAACGCGCUCUGCUUCGAGGGCAUCGAGGUGCCCUUCCUGCACGAAUCCGAAAUCCCACGCUCCUUUGAGGAGGCCGAGAUGAACGAGCCCACGGUCGCAGGGCCCAACGGGACCGAGAUCGGCGCCAAGACGGGCGCUGUGCGACCUGCGGGUGCCACGACAGCCGCCGAGCCCUCUGCUGCCACGGGCGCUCCGCCGUCGCAGUCGGCGCCCAGCGGUGCCGCCGGCAAGGCUCCCGCGGCCUCGUCCAGCGCUUCCUUCCCCGAGGACCACGUCCAGACGCUCAUUGCCAGCACCGGCUCCGGGCGGGCGCAGGUGAUUGCAGCCCUGGAAGCCACGGGCGGCAACCUCGACAUGGCCGCCAGCAUCCUCAUGGGCUUCAACUGA